AUGCAAAGUGACAUAUACCAUCCUGGUCACAGCUUCCCAAGUUGGGUCCUUUGCUGGCUAUAAUAUACACUAUUAUUCACAGUUCCCAUUUUACUUUGUCAGAUCAGAAAAACUCAUCAAAAUGGAGACCUGCAAAUAAGAGGAGGAAGAGGGAGGAGAGAGAACACAGAAAUCUUCCAAGUGGCUUCAGUGACAGGAGGGGAGGAGCCAUCACUACCCGCCAUUUGCAUGUUUUUGUUCCUCUUGUGUAUUGCUCCUAUUUAUGCAUGUGUGUGCAGGAUCUUCAAAAUCCAGGUAAGAAACACAGUGAGGAACUCAUCCACUGCAAGCUUGGCCCCAUCCAUCAGUACCAAUGAAGAGAGACAAAUCAGGAUAGAAAGACAUCACUACCAUCUCUAUUGUCAGUGAUAUUAUGGACUAACGAAUAAAAAUAACUGCUUUACAGUGUUCUACAGUGUUCUACAGUGAUUCCAUAUACUCUUUUCAUUCUUGCAAUGACCCAAAUUUAAGUGUCAUGUUGAAACCUAAGUUAGGCAUAUGUUAAUAUCUCUAUUUUACUAACAAAAAAAAUCCGAGGUUAAGUGAUUUAUCCUUGGUUGCCUUCCUGUCAAUGGCAGAACCACACUUUUUGAACCUGGCCUUUGGAAACCACAAGUGCUCUGCCACCAGUGCCCCAAAGAUCAGCAAAGAUCCUAGAACUGCUUAGUAGUAGCCGAUGAAGUCACAAGUUUCUUUUCUUCAGAUUCUUCCCUAAAUGACAUCACUCAUGGCUAUAAUGCAGAGCUAAGUUAAUCAUCCCAAUCAACUGCACAGCCAAUUAAAUAAAAAUAUUAGAAUGUCGUACUUGACUGUUCUAUAAUCCAUGCCGUCACUAUGCACUUCUGCCUGGUCAAUUACAUGCCUCAUUCAUAACGUCACUCACAAGAGGCUGUAUUGCCACAAUUCCUCACCAUUGCAGGGAGAUGAAACUUUUCCUGAUUUUUAAUCAGUAGGUUGUUUUUAAUAAGAGUACCUGAAGAUAUAAAUGUAAAUAAACUUCUACCUAGAAACAUGUUCCAUUAUGAUCUUGUACACACACAAAAGACCUCACUUUGUUGCACAUUUCUUCCAUUAGCUGUCCAAUACACUACAUUUACAGAAAUAGUGGUUAGGGAACCACUCAAGUUGCCGCUA